AACCCCCUCCAACACCCAAAUAUUGACUGGUGUCAUCAUGCGGAGGAGCAAGUCCUGUGACCUGCGUUGAUCAAUCUCUCCCACUCAGUGGUCUCUCCCUUCGAAGCACUAAGCGAACACCUGCGAUGAGACCAUAGGAAAACGCAAAAAUUGAAACAAAAAUGGCUCUAGGGUACAGUCAAAUGGUACAUUAUUCCAUCGUUUAUGGUGCUGCAAUCUUCCUUGUUGCUGCUGCAGGUCUCUACUAUGUGUUAUCAGGACAGGGUGGAAGAUAUGAUAUUGGAUGGUUCCUUGGUGAAACAUCCCCAUAUAUGUGGGCUACUGUAGGAGUUGGUCUUUCCAUAUCACUUUCAGUUGUUGGUGCCGCUUGGGGAAUCUUUACAACUGGAGUUAGUAUUCUUGGUGGUGGAGUCAAGGCACCAAGAAUCAGAACUAAGAACCUUAUAAGUAUAAUUUUCUGUGAAGCUGUAGCCAUUUAUGGCAUCAUCAUGUCCAUUGUUCUAAGCAGCAAUAUUCAGGAAACCAAGAAAGCUGUCGGUGCUGAUAUUAUGCACCGAAAUCAUGUCGCAGGUCAUAAAAUCUUUGGCGCUGGUCUGACAGUAGGGUUUUCAAAUUUGUUUUGUGGCAUUUGUGUCGGAAUCGUUGGAAGUGGUGCUGCUCUUGCUGAUGCACAAAAUGCCUCAUUGUUUGUAAAGGUCCUGGUAAUUGAGAUAUUUGGAAGUGCAAUAGGGCUCUUCGGUGUCAUUGUUGGAAUCUUGCAGGUUGCUGGUGUAAAGAUGGGAGACACAAAGUGAAUCUACCAAAAUGAAAUCAACUUCUGUAUUUUUUCUCUUAUUAUUGAUUUUUCCUUUUUUAUUUGAAUUGAAAGUCUUAGCUAAAUGUGACGUUUUUCAAAUGUUGUAGUUUCUUCUAACAACCAUGGAAAACAAUGAAAUAUUAAGAAAGUAUUUGGUGAUAA